CUCUCGCUCCGCCACUCCUCUGCGAUGGCCCGGGAGGGCGCCCGGGCAGCGCUCUCCCCUUCUGGGCAACGCUGUGCGCUCUCGCACCGAGCCGCGCACCUCGCUCUCCCCAGACCCCGACCCCGAGUCGGGCAGGCCACAAGGGGCGAGGCCUGCGGGCCUCACUCCCACCCGCCCGGAUCCCGGGCUGGAAGUCCCUCCCCGAAGUCUGCUGCAGGCCUGGGAGGGAGAGGGUAGAGGACGGCCUCACCUCUCAGAGGGAUGGAGGGGAUGGAGGCCGAAGCUGCCCGCCACAGCCCUCCAGAAUCCAAGACUUGGGACAGAACAGCCAGCCCCAUGCAGGUAACAUCCGCUGUACCACAACUGGCUAAUAGAACCCUCCCAAGACCCUGGCCAUGCCCUCAGGAAGCCAGAACACCCAACUGGAUGGCUCCUCAGCCCCCCAGAACACAGGAGCUACAAAAGCCCUUUGUGCUGCAGUCUAAAGUGAGGGCUUUGAAGGAGAUGACAGCGAGUAAACAGGGUGAAAGCCCUAAGACAUCCAAAUGCCGACAAGUCAAGACCAAAGGAGUCCAGAGCCCUCCAGAAGGCUCUCCCCUGCCAGAUGCUGUGCUGGUCCCCCAUGCUGAGAACCUCACUGAUGGGCAGCUGGACGGCUGUGUCAAUGAAGAGCAACCCUCCAGGAAUGGGGGACUUGGGCCUCCCAAGUCACUUGACCCUGGGCUUAAGUGCUGGAAUGGGCAGAGCGUGUGGCCUCCAGAAGCAGCAUGGAUAUUGUGUGAACAUGAGAGGAGUCUGCUUCUAGGGUCCAGCUCUUUGCAAGACAGCCUCAUCCACAGAGUUACUCCAGGUCAGCGAGAAGGGUCUAGUCCUUGUAAAGUCACCCAUGUACCCAGCCUGACAAAAGAAAGGCCAUAUCGCCUUGAAUACCAUCUGGCUACAGGGAGAGACCUGGAUAGCAUGUGUUUGACCUCUGAGAAGGACUUAAACCCUAGGGCAGUCCCACGGGGGACCCUCUGGAGAGCUGGAGAGCUGGGAGCUUUGGGCCCAGGGGAUAAUGCUUUGUCCCUGUCUGACCAAGUAGAGAAGAACCGUCUUCUGCUGCAGGAGAUGCUCAAGGUCUCUGGACAGAGUUUCUCCAAGGUGGCAACCCCAGCCUGGACUCCAUCCUUGGACAGAACUCUAUCAGAGCGAUCAGCAGGGGACAUGGACUUAGACGCAGGAAGCUCCCUACAGGACUCAGACCGGAACAGGACCUUUGGUUCCAAGCCGGAGCCCAUGCUGAGUGCCAAGCAUGAGGAAGCCAAGCAUCUGCUGCAGCACGCCCGCAUGAAGGCCAGGACCCGGCCCCUCCGUGCCAGCCAUGAUAUUGUGCCCACCAUUGCUCAGGGCAUCCGAGAUGAGCCAAGAAACCCGGCCCAGGACCCCAGGAUGACCUGUAGUGACAGCCUCCAGAAUGGGACCGUGAGUGACUGCUCCGGCGGGACCUCCAGCGGACAGGGGCCCAAGCCGGACAGCCUGGUGUCGCAUGUCCGAUUUGAGGACGAGUCUGCCGGUGAAGCCGAGGUCCGCUAUCUGGAGCGGCUGCAGCAGCGCCAGCGGUGGGUGCUGAGCACGGUGCUGCGGAAGGUGGGCCAGGGACCCCUGCGCUCCAAGCCUGACCUCACCCACUACAUCCGCCGGGACUUGAGUGAGAGCCGUCUGGAUGUCAGUGAGCACUCAGUGCCACCGCCCGCAUGGGACAGUGAUAGAAAGUGCCCGGCCUGUGGCAGCUGUCUUCAGGAGGGUCGCCCGGCUGAGGAGAAGGCGACCUCCAACUUGAGGAAACCCCAGGGGUUCCAGGUUGCUGAUGGGGUGGAGGGGCUACUGCCAGAGCCCCAUAAUUCCCAUGGCCUGAACUCCCCAUUCCCAUUCCUCCCUGCCCAGCCGGGGCUCCACACAGAACGGAUCCGGGAAACACACAUUGGGGACACUGCCACCUGCCCUGAGGACGCAGAUGCUGCCCUGGACAGCAAGGAGGUUGGGACCUCUCAGCCCAGCAGGACAGGUGUGCUGACCCGAGGGAACAGCCCUGGGCAGCGGCCUCAAGGAGGUCACCGGUGGUCCAGGAGGGUGAAGAUGGAGCAGCCCUGGGCCCUUCAGGCCCAGCCUCACCUGCCUGGGGUUGCUGAUGUGGAGAGGGGAGAUGAGGUGAAAGGGGACAGAGCUCACACUCCCAAGGGGACUGAGUUUCGGAGAGAAGAUGCUGUUCCUAAGCCCCCUGUCCUGGAACCUCAGAGGGCCCCCCCAGGGUCCCAGAGGCCUCCUAAACUGGAGCUUGGAAGUCACCGAACUCACGCUGUGGACUGUACUCCAUGCAAGACAGCCUGUGCCACAAGAACACUUGCCACGAACACUGGGCCCUCAGGGCUGGGCAGGCCAGACCAAGUUAUAGACAGCCACAAACCUCUGGAGAUUGCCUGUGCUCCUUCCCUGCCACACAGCCGGACAGAGCCCUCUGCCCCACGGCCUGCCCAGCAGCUGUCUGCUUCCCUCUCCCCUCCUCCUCUAUGGAAAACCACCUGCCCUGUGCCUCACAGGAAGUCAGCCCUGGCAGGACCCCGCAAGCCAGGGGGCCAAGCACAACCUGUGGCUCUCACCCUGCCUCAGUCUCCUCCAAGAACUGUGGCUCAGGCCUGUGGACCUCAGGUCAGGCACCCACAGCCGGGCCCAUCUACCAACAACCACCUUCCCCCGGGGCUGCAGGAGCCCCAGAGAACAGCCGUCCAUAAGAGCAGGGUGGAGAGGAGCCCCUGCAGCCGGGAUCCAGAGCUGCCCCUGGAGAGCAGUGUUAAUGGAGGACUCCGGGACUCCCCAGGCUCAGCGGAUGUUGCCACCGUCAACUCCAUGGGCAUCACCCUCUCCCUAGCCCCAGAGGAGCCUGAAUCUAGUCAGGAACUGGAAGGAGUUCUGCAGAGGAUGGAGCCCAGUUCUGGAGGACAUGUGCCACCUGGAGCACCACCAGGGGCCAGAGCAGAGCCCAGGCCACCCUCAGCUGCCCCUUCUGAUGGGAAAAAGAAAAGAAGCAACAGCAUUGUCUCUGCCCUGGGGCUGAAAAAACUUUUCUCAGCCUUGGGUCAUACUUCGCAGCCCAAGAUGGGCAAAUCUCGUAGCUACAGUAUGGAGCAGCUGCAGCCCAUGGCGCCAGGCCCAGCUUCACACACCGGCACCCCUAAAGUGAAGAGAGUCCCGUCAUUACAAUCCUUGCAUCUGAACCUCCAUUCUCUGCUGGGCAGCAAGGGAGACCGGUCCAAUGUCUACCUGGUAGAGGAACCAGGGGACCCCAACACACCUGGCAGGUCAGCCAAGGGCCCUCCCCGGCGCACCCUCAGCGUGGAGGAUGUGGGCGCCCCCAGCCUGGUUCGCGCCGUGGGCCGGGUGGCAGAGGUGUUCCCAGAUGGCACGAACCAGUUGCAGCUGCAGCGCCCCCGUGAGGGCACCUUUGGCUUCUGCGUGGCUUAUGGGAAUGGGCGUCGGGACUCAGAUGCUUCCAAACCCGAAGGACCCACCUGGGAGGAAGCUAAAGGGCUCUACGUGCAGGAGAUGGCCGACCUGGACACUGCCAAGCUGUACUCAGGACUGCUUGGGGUGGGGGACGAGAUUCUGGAGGUGAACGGGGCCAAGGUGGCUGGGCUGGGUCUGUCUCACAUUCAGGAGCUGCUAGCCCACUCAGAGAGCUUAUCAGUCCGUGUCCUGAGGCAGAGGCCUGUCCCUCGGUGACCCAGAGGCGGCCUCCCCUCCCUGUACCCCUGACCCCGUCCCAGGGUGGGAGGUGCCUGGGGAAUACCCUGCGCUCUGCUGCUUUGUGGACCAAAAAAACACAGAUCCCAGUGGCGUCCAGGCUCUGAGGCUGUAACGGCUUUGUUGAUUGGCCACCAGACAGAGCAAGGAGCCUAUGUGUAUUUCAUUUGAGGCCAUUAAUUUUGCAGAACAGGGGAAAGGAAAACAAUAACAACUCUGCUCCUUCUGUGACCCAGGCGGCCAAUGGAGGGAGAGGUAGCAGGUCCUUCCCCCACCUUGAAAAGCCCCCCCCCAGCCCUCCAGAACCGGAGUACCCCCCCCCCGCCCCCAGCCUUGCCCCUUCCCUCUCAGCCGCAGCUCUCCUCUCUCCCACACACCACCUCUGCACCUUUUGCAGACAGGGCACAGCAUCCCCUGCCCUUACUCACAGCCAGGAAGCAUAUAUCCAGACCAAACAUCAGGAUGUGUGGCCUGACUAGAGUUUUAUGCUCCUUCUGGCAGUGAGAACAUCUACGAGACGUGAUCUGGCAGCCAGAAUAUUAAGAAUUUCUAGGAAAUUUGCAUGCUAUAUAAAGAUGGGGCAGGGAGAAACUCUAGCCAGUUUCAGAGAAGCACAACCACGGUGGCCAGGUUGCAGGCGGUGGGAGGUCAGCCCAGCCCAGCGCUGCGCCUCUGCCCCGCGGAGGCUGAGGUGCCGCAGCCGGGCCUGGCCUUUGUUCUCCUGUCCGGCUUGGAGACAGGGCUGCAGCUGGUGUCUGGCUGGGCCCCAGCUGCAGAUUCCCGUCCAGACCUCCCUGGUGGCAGCUGUGGGUGGGCGGGCAGGCGGCGGGGAGGCGACAGAGAAUGGGGACAGCCAUCCUGCUUGGACACUGACCAGGGCCUGGGGCUCUGUGCAAGUGCACGGCCAUGUGUCAGUCUUAAGUUAUUAAAAUGCAAA